AUGGAAGUUGUUAUGGUUCCAGAUCCAGAAUUACCAAUGUCUUCUUCGAUCGAAGAAGUUGAUGCACAUCCAACAGUUAUUAUCAAGUCAUUGAACGAUUUCAACUUCGAUGUAUUCGAAUGGGGUCAAAAUAAUUUAUAA